GAGAGUAAUGGAUUCGUCUUUCUCAGUCCUGUGUUAUUGAAUGAAGGAGAGCCAUAAUCGGCCAACCAGCAAAUGAAGACUCCCGACUCAAGCCGGCAUGACUCAUGAGCGCAUGGAUAUUCCUUAUGCAAGUCACAGAUUCAAAGACGCAGGAUCCCUUUGAUUUUGAUCUAUUCUGCAUCACAAUAAUGAAAUCUCCAUCUCUCACUGCCAACUGCCUCCUCGAGCUCGUCAAUCUAGACAGCACAGAUCAUUUCGCUGAGCUCCAAAGACAACGGAAAAUCUGCGGCUGGUUCUCCGACCCGCAGACCCUCCAGAAAUGGAAACAAAAACAACAAGAAAACCUCAAAGCCCUCUUCUGGAUCACCAUCCCCGAUCCCAUCACUAGUGAUGAGAAAGGCAUUCGCAUUCGCGCAGGCCACAUCGCCCUCGACGCAUACUGCGACCCGCCUGACCCCGACCUCGCGCGCGCAGACAAGUCCGUGCUGACCAUCAGCUCGUUCUUCAUCCUGCCUGAAUACCGCUCCUACGGGCUGGGACGGCAUGCGAUGCGCUUGAUUGAGGAAAUGGCCAUCGUGGAGCCGUAUGGUAGCCCGCGCUGUCGGUUCGUUACGCUUAAUGCGCAGAGUAAACGGUAUCUGUAUGAUGAGGGGCCCGAGUGGCGGGGUCUCUGGGAGAGACUGGGCAUGACGCCGCCGGCGUUUAGUAUUCAGGAGUGGUAUGAGAGUCUUGGGUAUGUGAGCUGGAAGGAAGAGCCGCUUUAUGAGGAGAGGACGCUGGAUGGGGAGGUGGUUAAGCUGUGGGAGGCGUUCAUGAGGAAGGAGGUGCAGCCGGAGACUUCCGUUGAUCAAUAAACUGGGAUUUUGAUAUGUCUCUCCCCGAGUUCUCUAGUCUUGGAGUACAAUGCAUUGUCCCAUAUGUUGGGAGACAAAGGAGGGUGAGACAAUGCAUUGUAUUCCCUGUUUAAUAGAUUUUCGCGAGGUAAUGGGAAACAAAGAACAACACUGCAUUAUAUUCCCGUAUACUUCAU